AUGUCUGUUGGGCUAAAGGGUUCCAUAGGCUACAUUCCUCCAGAGUAUGGCAUGGGAAGCCAAGUUUCCAUAAUGGGAGAUAUUUACAGCUAUGGGAUACUGUUGCUAGAAAUGUUCACAGGAAAAAGACCAACCGAUGACAUGUUCAAAGAUGGUUUAAGCAUUCACCAAUUCACAGCCAUGGCUUUGCCUGACCAUGCCAUGGACAUAGUUGAGCCUUCAUUGCUGCUUGAAACAGAUGACGAGGAGGAUGAUGAUGAACACGACCACAAAUAUGAAAUUGACAUACAAAAAAGACCCUUGGCGAGAUAUAAGGAUCCCGGCCCAGACAAAGUAAAAAGAUUGGAGGAAUGCGUGGCUUCAGUGAUGCAAAUAGGGAUCUCAUGCUCUGCCGUAUCAUCGACAGAGCGGAUGCUUAUGGAUGUUGUCGUCAACAAAAUGAAUGCAGUCCGGGGCUCAUAUCUCAAUUUAACAAGAAGAAGAAGAUGA